CGCUUUUCAAAAACCGAGACAUGAUUCGUCGCCACAUCGGGUUCACAUUAGUACCAUAACGUACCGUGUUUCUCUCAUAUAUCAUAUGGGCCAAGUUCCUCAUUGCUGAGAACACCCCGGGAAUCAACAUGGAUCAGAGGCCGGGAAAGAGGAGCGGACCACCUCAGGCUGCGGGUGCCUCUUCUUCUUCGACCCGAGUGGAGAGGAAGACCAUGGAGAAGAACCGGAGGAACAAGAUGAAGUACCUCUACUCCAUGCUCAACUCUCUCGUCCCCCGUAACUACAACAAUCAGGACCCAAAGGAAGCGAAAUCACUACCGGAUCAGAUAGAUGAAGCUGCAAAGUACAUAAAACGCCUGGAGGCGAGGGUGAAUGAAGCGCAGGAGAAGAGGAAUACUUUAGCUGGCAGGAAAAGAUUGCAUAGUUCCACCGCACCGGAUAGCAGUGCUAGCAAGAGUGCUGUUCAGACCUUUAAAUCACCUAAAAUGGACAUUCAAGUCCAUUGGCCAGCCUUAGAGGUGACACUGAUCAGCGAGAUGUGCAAUCAUUUCAUCUUCUUGGAUGCUGUACGUGUCCUCCGUGAAGAGCGAGCUGAAGUCCUGAAUGUGAACUUCUCUGUUGUUGGAAGCUCUGUCUACCACUUGAUUCGUGCUGAGAUUGGCGAAGGGACUGAAGCUGCAACGAUAACUCAGAGAAUGAGAAAUUUGGUGAAUGGAUCAUCUUCUAAUGAUUCACAUCAGUCCCAGCAGCAGCUACAACAACAACAACUACAUCAUCCAUGGGACUUUCAAAUUAGCCCUAACAUAUGGGAGUUUGAUAUGUUUCAUGCGUGGCAUUCAACCUAAGCACUUAAUCGGAUGGUUUGAUGGAAAAGAAAUUUCAAGUUAAUUGAAGGAUCGAUAGAGCUAGCUCCAUAUAUAACUUAAAAGUCUGUAUUCCUGUUGUGAUGAAAGAAGAGAUGCAGAGAUUAUAUCAUGCUCGAAUAUAGGAGCUUGUUCUUAUGUUUGCAUGGAAACAAUUUCUAUUUAGAUUAGAAUUGCCGUCUCGUAACUGUAAGAGAAUGCUAGCUAGCUAGUAGCUUGUUGAGCUCAGUGAGACCAGAUUAGGCUCAAAUAAGGCAGAUUAACUAGGCCUGAUUGAGCUUGGUCUGCCAGGUCCGGCUUGGCGAAGGGACUGAAGCUGCAACAAUAACUGAGAGAGUGAGAAAUUUGGUGAAUGUAUCAUCUUCUAAUGAUUCACAUCAGUCCCAGCAACAACAACAUCAUCAAAUUUGGGACUUUCAAAUUAGCCCUAACACAUGGGAGUUUGAUA